CAGCCAGCAAGCUCUGUGUCAGGGCGCGGGGGUGCAGAGAGUCAGGACAGGAUGAGGGAUAGCUCAGCAGCCACCUCGGCUUCCUCGUCAGUGACAGAUCUGUACUGCACCCCCUGCAGCAGUAGGUCAGAUCUCUUCCUCCCGAGCACGGCAGGAGACUUCAGCUUGAGCGCCAGCUUGUCAGCUUGUACGAUGCUCUAUGAGGGUGCAGUAGAGCCUAUGCAGAUUGACGUAGAUCCUCAAGAAGAUCAGCAGAAUGCACCUGAUAUCAACUACGUUGUGGAAAACCCCACUCUGGAUUUGGAGCAGUAUGCCUCGAGUUACAGCGGGCUGAUGCGAAUUGAGCGGCUGCAGUUUAUUGCUGAUCAUUGCCCACAGCUGCGGGUGGAGGCUCUCAAGAUGGCACUGUCGUUUGUCCAGAGAACUUUCAAUGUUGAUGUGUACGAGGAAAUCCACAGAAAAUUGUCUGAGGCCACCAGAGAACUGCAGAACACGCCUGAUGCUGUCCCUGAUAGUGGGAUUGAACCCCCUCCUCUUGACACAGCAUGGGUAGAAGCUACGCGCAAAAAAGCUCUUCUUAAGCUGGAGAAACUGGACACAGAUCUGAAAAAUUACAAAGGGAACUCCAUUAAGGAGAGUAUCAGGAGAGGCCAUGAUGACUUAGGUGAUCAUUACCUUGACUGUGGGGACCUCAGCAACGCUCUCAAAUGUUACUCGCGAGCCCGUGAUUACUGCACCAGUGCUAAACAUGUUAUUAACAUGUGUCUCAAUGUCAUUAAGGUCAGUGUCUACCUCCAGAAUUGGUCUCACGUUCUGAGCUAUGUAAGCAAGGCUGAAUCUACACCAGAAAUUGCAGAGCAAAGAGGAGAAAGAGACAGUCAGACACAAGCAAUUCUCACUAAACUGAAAUGUGCAGCAGGCUUGGCAGAGCUAGCUGCUCGAAAGUACAAACAAGCAGCAAAGUGCUUCUUGUUGGCAUCAUUUGAUCACUGUGAUUUCCCUGAGCUGUUAUCUCCUAGCAAUGUGGCUGUGUAUGGUGGUCUCUGUGCCCUUGCUACUUUUGACCGGCAGGAACUGCAACGAAAUGUUAUCUCCAGCAGCUCCUUCAAAUUGUUUUUGGAGCUGGAGCCACAGGUUCGUGACAUCAUCUUCAAAUUUUAUGAAUCCAAAUAUGCCUCAUGCUUGAAGAUGUUGGAUGAGAUGAAGGACAACCUGCUGCUGGAUAUGUACCUAGCACCUCACGUCAGGACACUUUAUACCCAAAUUCGAAAUCGUGCCCUUAUCCAGUACUUCAGCCCCUACGUGUCAGCAGACAUGCGCAAGAUGGCCACUGCUUUUAAUACCACAGUGGCUGCUCUGGAAGAUGAACUUACUCAGCUGAUCCUGGAGGGACUGAUCAAUGCCAGAAUAGACUCUCAUAGUAAGAUUCUUUAUGCUCGAGACGUAGACCAGCGCAGCACCACUUUUGAGAAGUCUUUGCUAAUGGGCAAAGAGUUCCAGCGACGUGCCAAAGCCAUGAUCCUGCGGGCAGCAGUCCUGCGCAACCAGAUACAUGUCAAGUCUCCUCCAAGAGAAGGUAGCCAAGGGGAGCUUACUCCAGCUAACAGCCAGUCCCGAAUGAGCACCAACAUGUGAAAAGCUUCAUGUGCUACCAAAAGAAAUGGUCCCUCCAGGACUGUAUCCAGUAUCUCACGCAAAAACUGCUGAGCUUCACAAACUGCCCCUGCCUCCCUCACUAUUGCUUGGUUGAGAGGGUCAGGGCUGAUGGUGGAUAAUACAAAUAUUCCAGUAACUUUAAUUCUCGUAGGAAAAAUUAUUUCUAAAAGUGGAAUCCUUGCAAUGGAUUGUCAUUUCAGUGCUGGUAGGACAUCUCCCUCCAUUCUCCUUCAUCCACAACUCUGUGAACAAUUGCUAGGUUAUUCAUACAGAUGCUCAUUAGAGGGUUUUUCAGCUGCUAUUAAUUUUCUUGGUUCAAUGCUGCAAAAAUAAAUAGUGUUAAGUUGAAUGGA